UAGGAAUAGGUCCGAAGUUCCAUCGCUACGGGAUCACAGUCUGAUCCAAGGAACAUCGGAAUUGAGACAAAAUAAUUUUGUUGGGUAACAAUGGCGGACGAAGAGCUACCAGCGGGCUGGGAAAAACGGUUGAGCAGAACGACUGGCCAACAUUACUACUUGAAUAUUUAUACAAAAGAGAGUCAGUGGGAUGUACCUGACAAACCAGCAGAGGGACCUAAGGAAGUGCAGUGCUCGCACCUGCUAGUGAAACAUGCUGGCUCUCGACGGCCCUCGUCGUGGCGGGAAGAAAAUAUUACCAGAACUAAGGAAGAAGCGCUAGAACUUGUCAAGUCAUAUAGAGAGCAGAUCGUUUCCGGUAAAGCAACGUUCGCUGAACUUGCGUCAAAAUACAGUGAUUGCAGUUCUGCAAAACGUGGUGGCGACCUUGGACCGUUCGGUAGAGGUGCGAUGCAGAAACCAUUCGAGCAGGCUGCGUUUGCUCUUAGAGUUGGAAAGCUCUCGACUCCUGUUCACACGGACAGUGGCGUGCACAUAAUUCAUCGCACGGCUUAAUCGAUCGUCUAGACCGUAUCUGCUGCUAAGAAAUUAACGAAUUAUUGUAUCAUCACUAAUAGAUUCAUUGAACUAUUCAUUUUUAAUAUUAAUCAACUAGUCUAAUUGUAGUAGCCAAGAUACCGAAUCACUCAAAAAUAUUCUUAUAAUAGUUUAAUCCUCCAAAUUGCCCGCUGAAAUAAUUUCAGGAUGAUAUUAACUCCUUCUACCGAGUCACCAGCGAGUGUAACAAUAUUUACUUCCGCCUAGUGUGUAUGAAAACGAUUAUUGAAAAGUAAAAAUUAGUAAUAAAUUAUUCCGAAUGAUUUCAAGCAAUUGCACCACAUUCCAAUUUUUCAGAUUCAAAUAAAAUUCGUAAAAAGUAAUUUAAUCCAAAGAUGUUGCACUUUCAAUUUACCAAUUGGCAGUUUUGUAUUUCUUUUUUGUUGGUUUCAACUUAUUUUCUAUCGGCUGUAAAAUGAAAUUAAUGUUUCACUUGCAAUGAUUCCAAUUGUUGCUUCUUCACUGUGAGAAAAAUUUUGCAGAGAAAAGUUUAAAAAACUUAUUUUUAUUUUACUUUUCAUAAAAAAUAUUGUUAUUGGAAUGCCUAAAAUACGUGUAAAUAAAAUGUUUAGCUCAAUGAAUUUGAAGCAUCACCGGCUGAAGUUGAAUUGACAUUCAAAACAGCAAAACAUCCGUUUAGUAAUAAUAAUUUAUGCUGAUUAACAUAUGGGAGGAAUUUGUAAUUUGUGAAUUUACUUUGUAAUAGGCUAGUGUUCAGUUCGUAAUCAUGUCCAUUUGUAUAGUUGUUAUCCUUAAUAUCAUGAAAUUUUUCUUAAAUCUGUGCACCUGGGAUAUAUUAUGUUUGUGUUUAUAUAAGUUAUAACUAAACUAAGUAAAAUAAAUCGUAUUUACUUUGUUA